CAAAAGUAAGUCAAUUCUUUAGGUUUAUCUAUAACCAUGGCGGAACUGAGCAGAAUAUCGUUGCCGGCGCCGGAGAUGGAUCCCAUGAUCUGGAACCGUCUGCCAGAAGUGAUCCUAGAACACGUUCUAUCAUUUCUCCCACUCAAGAUCUUCUGGACCCUCCGAUCCACCUGUAAGCACUUCAAAUCUCUCCAAUUCUCUUCUGAUUUCAUCUCCAAACAUUCUUCUUCGUCGCCGCCGAUCUUCUCUUUCAUCUUACUAUCUCACCCCCAGUUUGAUCGGAAGUACGCUCUCUACGAUUCAUCUCUCCACGUCUGGAAAUCUCCACCUCGUUUCUUGUCCUGCAUCCCUUCUUCAUCUCUCCUCGCCUCCUCCCAUGGACUCCUCUGUUUCUCUCUAUCCGCCUCUUCUUCCUUCCUCAUCCACAACAUCAUCUCAAGUUCUUCAACAAUCGUACAGCUACCCUCGACCCCGUUUCCGUUUUAUCUCCUCACUCUCGUUCUUUCCCCAAAUGGGUUCAAAAUAUUCACCCUAGAAUCAUCUUCGGGUAGGGCUUUCGUAUACCACUCUGAGAAUCAAGCUUGGCAUCAAUUCGAUAGAAUUGACGGAUUCCUAAUCGAUCACAGUCAACAAGAAGGUGCGUAUUUUAAUGGGUCUUUGUAUUUUCCUAGCCAAGAGCCAUUUUCAGUAAUUAGGUUCAAUCUAGAGAAUGGAAAUUGGGAUAGGCCAAGAUUUGAUCUUCCGGGUGAUCUAGUGUUUGGUCGAUUAUUGAGUAAUGGAGAUGAGAAGCUAUACUUGAUAGGGGGAAUUGGGUUGAAUGGGAUAUCAAGGAUGAUGAAAGUAUGGGAAUUGGUUGGAGGGGAUAAGUGGGUGGAGGUGACUAGUGUUCCUGAAGCUAUGUGCAGGAAAUUCAUGGCGGUUUGUUAUCAUAACUAUGAACAUGUUUACUGUUUCUGGCAUGAAGAUUUGAUCUGUGUUUGCUGUUAUACAUGGCCUGAGAUUUUGUAUUUGAAGGUUUCAAGGAGAAGAUGGCAUUGGCUUUCAAAGUGCCCUCUUUUGCCUGAGAGAUGGAGUUGUGGCUUUAGAUGGUUCUCUCUUGUUCCCAAUCUCCAUGCUUCUCUUUUGUAAUACUACUAGUUUGUUCAUGUUUGAUACAAUAAAUUGAAGAUAUUUUG